CUUGCCUCGGGCCACGAGUGGGAGUUUCGCCUCUGCAUUCAAGUACAGGAACACCGAGCGGCAACAGGGCACAUCACACACACACCCACACAACAACAAUAACAAUAACAAUAGCAAUAACAGUACCAGUACCAGUAACCAUAGCAACGCCACGACACCCGGCAUGGCACGCACACGUGUGAGUUAUGCCGACGACAGUCUCAGCAACGCGGCUGUGCGUAGCGCGAGUAUGGGCAUGGGGCAAACACAGGAAUUGGAGGGUGUUGGGAGGGGUCUGGGGUCUAGUAUGUCUCAGUGGAAACUUAAACGCGCCAAUUCACACACGCACACACAUACACAUACACGGGCGAGUAACGCAAUGGCCGGUACACAAGGCGCCGGCAAUGCUUACGGGUUGAUACAAAUACGGACCAAGUCACAAGGUGAGACACAAGGGCAGGUGCUGCAGCAAACACAGUCUCAGACGCAAACACAGGCACAGUCACUGUCACUGUCACAGUCGCAGUCACAGUCACAGUCACAGUCACAGGCGAAGUUACGUGCCCAGUUACUGGCACAACUGCAUCCCUACAGCCCUAAGGGCACGCUGGCGAGAAAGUACCCCUCUGAGUUGAGGAUAGAGAACCCCCCCACUGGCGAUACGGGCGCAUAUGGGC